GUAACAGACGACAUAAGAUGGAUUUGGGUAGUUCCGAUGAAUACGAAGAAGAAAUUGAGGAAGCGUGCGUGGCUAUUAUGUGCAUAGAAGCGCAUUGUAAAAGAAGAAGUGUGUGGGUACACGAAAUUAAUUUGAAUAGAGAAAACGAUGGUGAAUAUCAUACCUUAAUUAAGAUUUUGGAAAAAGAAGAGAAUAGUGAUCGAUUCCACAUGUACUUUCGUAUGAGCAAGAAUCAGUUCAAUUAUCUCCACGAUUUAAUCAAAGACAAGAUUAGAAAAAUUGACUCAAAAUUUCGACGCGCAAUUGGAACCAAAGAAAGACUAGCUGUUUGCUUAAGAUUUUUGGCUACAGGAAAUUCAUUUCGUUCUCUCGGAUUCAGCUACAAAAUGGGAUUCAGUACAGUACGAAGUAUUAUAUAUGAAGUUUGCGAAGUCAUUGGAAAGAUGCUGGGCCCUAUAGUAAUGCCACCUCCUACUGAAGAAACUUGGCGUACAAUUACAGAAGGCUAUAAGAAUAUAUGGAACUUCCCCAACUGUUUAGGAGCCCUUGAUGGGAAGCACAUCAACAUACGAUGUCCCAUAAAUAGCGGAUCGGAUUUUUAUAAUUAUAAGGGAAACUACUCUAUUGUCCUUCUUGCACUGGUAGAUGCCAACUACAAGUUUAUUGCAAUUGAUGUAGGUUCUUACGGUCGAAAUAGUGAUGGGGUUAUAUUUAGUAAUUCUCAACUUGGGAAAUCAUUAGCUAGCAAGAGUAUGAACGUACCUCAUGAUAAGCCAUUAGUUGAAGGCGGAGAAGCAUUACCGUUGGUGAUAGUAGGAGAUGAAGCAUUUCCAUUAAAAAACUACCUUCUUCGACCUUAUAGCAGACAAAAUAUUGCAGGUAAUGAAGCUAAUAAGAUAUUCAAUUAUCGAUUAUCCAGGGCUCGAAGAGUGGUAGAGAAUGCUUUUGGGAUUUUAAGCGCUAGAUGGAGAAUUUUUCUACGUUACAUGGAGGUACAACCAGAUAAGGUGGAUACUAUUGUUCUAGCUUCAUGUUGUCUACAUAAUUUACUUUGUGAUAAUAGGGACUUCGAGCCCGAAAAUGACCACUUCAAUCAGGCUGAAUCUGGUUUAUAUAAUCUCGGUCGAUUAAGGCAAAAUUAUACUCAACAAGCUAUGUACGUUAGGGACAAAUUCAAAGAUUAUUUUAUGUCAGAAGCUGGAAGUGUUCCAUGGCAAGUGGAACGCGUACGACGAGGAAGACAAAAUAUGUGACACGUGACAAAUUUCAUGCAUAUUUGCAAUUUUACUUUACUUCUCGUUAACUGUACGUGUACUUAAAUAAAUAUUUGUAUUAACUUACCUGUUACAUUCAUUAUAUUGGCGAUAUCCUCCCAGGCCUCCUGCCUUAUUGCCUGAUCUCUAUAAAAUUUGCUUUUUAUGUCAUAUAGACAGGGAUGCUCUCGC